AUGAGUGGUAUUACAUCGUGCGUCGAAACCAGACACACGAUAGACCCCAUGGCUAUGAGCUUCACCGCGGGAAGAUCUUCUUUCCAGAGAACAUAUUCCGAAGCCUUGUUACUCACGCAUGGAAGAAAGGACCAAACCCAUCCAGCUUCUCCAAAGUGGAAUUUUACGGCAGUUGAUAUGGACGGCCCAGUGAGUUCACCUACGAACAAAACCUCAUCGAACAGUACCACGGACCUUGGUCAAAGUCUAACUGACUACAUCGAACCAACGCGCAUUCCAAAUCGAAGAAUUUCAGCGCCCAAUCAUACCAUGCAUGAACUUAAAACUCGCGGUCCGAAAGGUGGCUCCGCGAAAACCCCGUUCUUUCGGUUCAGUCCUUCUGGGAAAGGACUUCAUGCCUGGUUUGGUAUUAUCAGUCUGGUGGUAACCUACCACCUUUGGGUUAUUGUGUAUCGCUACGCAUUUGCUGAAAUAAACCCGACAAACUGUUGGCUUUGGUUCUUACUGGACUAUUCGGCGGAUUUACUCUACCUAAUCGAUAUGAGUAUCUCUCUCCGAACUGGCUACUACGAGGAUGGUGUGCUUCAGUUCAACUCAAAAAGAAUGCGAAUACACUAUCUGAACUCUACUCAGUUCUACAUUGAUUGUCUGAGUUUAUUACCAUUGGAUUUUCUCUACCCCUCACUCGGGUACAAUUCAAUGUUUCGUAUUUUCCGCUUGUGUAAAUUGUACAAGUUUUGGCAGUUUGUCGAUCGGACCGAACGACAUGCGUCAAGACCAAAUCUGGUUCGAUCGAUCAAACUAUUCUUCUACUAUAUUACGAUACUACACUGGAACGCUUGUAUAUAUCAGCUUGCCAGUGAUUUUGUCAUGCGCAGUCAGUCGGAUCAGCGAGGAUUUUGGAACGAGUCACGUGUUGUGAACCAGUCCAAGCCCACCAAUCACACUUCGGAACUCAAUCGGACCAGCCUGGCCUAUCUGAGUGCGCUCUAUGCGGGCAUGGUUAAUUUGAUAUCGAUCGAAAAGCUGAUAGCUCCCAAUGAUCCAUUCUCAUAUGUGUUCAAGAUUGUGCAAGCUGUGGUCGGUAUCAUUCUGUUUGCAACCAUUCUUGGUCACGUGAGUAGUAUCAUCUCACACACGAGUGCUGCUCAGAAGGAGUUUCAAGGUGAGUCCGCGUAA